GCAAUUUGUCUUGCAACGCCCCUCGUAGAUUGCGUGAAGUAUAGCCACCCCUGCAAUAUCCUGCCCUAGGAAGUCACCCGCUCCACGGUCCGUACGGGACGGGCGACUAUGGCGGGGAAAGAAACAGCUCGACCCUACUUGACGAUGUCGGGUGGCAGUUGCAACGUGGACCCGGGUGCAAUCAGUGCUGCCACUGAUCUGGACUUUGGCAGGGAGUCACCGCCUCCACGGUCCGUACGGGACGAGGCGACUGUGGCCCAGAAAGAAACAGCUCGACCGUACUUUACGAUGUCGAGCGGCCACUACAACUUGGCCCAGGGUACAAGCAGUGCACCCUCUGAUCUGGACGAAAGCAGAGUUCCCGAAGAAACAAGAGAAGCAGGGUGGCAGCAGCGAGGGAACCAGGCUGCCAACAUAAUCGAAGAGUGCCGUAUUUGCGGGUUCGCUUUGGCCGACAUGGAGGACUUCGAAAAGCACGCCGCUGACCACUUGCUUGGAAAAAGCAACAUUUGCUCCCAGUGUGGUAAACUGUUUGCGCAUCCUUGGCUCCUCACGAGGCAUUUAAGAACGCACGGUGAGCCAUCCUUUGAGUGCGGCGUGUGCGGCAAGAAAUUUUAUAGAAAAGAUGUCCGCAAGAAGCAUAUGCUUGCAAGGCACGCAGGCGCACAGGACUGAAAAGCCGUCGAAGGUUCUCCUUAACACGGCAGCGCAGACAACGAAAUUGGAUGAGCAUGUCAGGAAGCACCGUCGCACCUGGCGGUGGAUUCGGCAUCACUACAGCCGGAUAUUCACCCAGCAGGAGUGACUUCUCUGGAUGUCACCCUGGCGCCAAGAACCGUCGUGUGCCUUCGCAGAACUUGCGGUCUGGGCCUCAAGUGUUCUAGCUCUGCGCUAACUUUCUGACAAACAAAACUGGGCUAAUCUUAUUCCUUCUGACUAGGGCUGAAGAAGGCCUGCGAAUAAACUUUUUACAGUGGUUAUCUCGAGAAA